AUUAAAAAAAAAAUCAAACUUUACUUUUCUAUUUACCGCACAAAAACACGAUAUGGAUUUUAAAAGCAAAAAAUUAAGAAUCGCGUCCUUCUUCUCAACCGGACCACCGGCGGUGCAAUUAGGCGGCACGGCGGCGAUUAACGCCGGCGCACUGAAUUAGGGUUCAAGUGAUGGAAUCGAUAGUGAGAAAAUACCAACAACGAUUCAGGAAAGUGAAGGAUGAGAUGUCCCAAUGGGAAGAGCUUCAUUCGCGACUAAUUUCCCAAUUCUCCAAUGCUUCUUCCAUCAUUCAGAGAUUGCAGGUCAUCCAAAAUAGUAAUAAUUUUGGGGGUUUGAAAUGUGUUGAUGGCAUACAAGAUGCUGUAUUAGCAAAGCAAAUGGAUUCCCUCCAAAACAUCUUCAUCUCCAUGAACAAGACAAUGGAAGAGCUUCACAGUGUUGUCAGAUCGCUCGAGAAAAUAGUUCGUGAUAGCAAACAGCUCGUAAAAGUGGGUUCCGCGCAGCCAACUGCAAAGCAACUGAGGCAAAGGGUCGGCGUAAAACCAACCCUUGCGGAUUGUUUAGACGGACUUAGACUUCUUCAAGAAAUGCAUCAAUCAGAGUAUGGUCUUAAAUUAUCUAUAGUUUCGGCACUUCCGGGGAUUGCGUUGAAACCUAGCGCAAGUGGUGAUUUAUCUGCGCUCCAACAACUCCUGGUCGAUCAACCUAAUAUUCCUCGAGAGGAAGUGCAAUUUAUAUACGACAUUAUAUUUUCCGAAGAUAUUUCUUGAAGCGAGUUCUACAUGGCUACUGAUCUUUUUCGCUCGUGGUAUUCUAACAAGUUUUUAUGUGUUUUUUCUACUUCUGUUUCUAAGUUACGGGUCUUAGAACUUCAAUUUUCCGUGUAGGGUUUAGCGUUGUAGACGAUUGUACUAAAGUGGCAAGAAAUUCAUGACUCGUUUUACUCAUAAUCUACCCGUAUUUGUCUUUAGAUAACGAAAUCCAGUGUAAUACAAUUUUUUCGGCUGCCGAAAUAUGAAACUGCGCACAA